AGUCCGAAUGCUUGGUGUCGGUUAUACGGAUGUGACUGCGUUUAUAAUUCUCUAAGACAGACGUGUCUUUAAUGCAGAGUUCUGGGGUCGCAGUGUCGAUUCAUAUUGGCGAGGUUAUUACCUUCGACUGUCUAAAGCCCAAGACUGCCAUAUGGCAUCGGCUGCGUUUUUACUGACCGGAGUUGUAAUUGUUAUCUUCAGUAACAAGGUGACCAUGUACAGGAGCCAGAAAAACCUUUCAGUCCCUGCGAUGUCUUCUGUAAUAGUUUCGAUGUUCUUUAGGCGAGCAUGCGUUUCAAAGCUUGGGGACCUGUUGUACAUCUGCUUCUAUCUGACCAUAUUGAGUUCAUUUACAAGUGCAAGCACAGAGAACUGUUGGACAGUAGCGAAUCAAAAAGGGAUGCUUGCGCGAGUCAGACAGGGAAGUGUAUUUGUGGUGGAAGCCAGCUCUUCUCAGUCUUGCAGAGAAGCCUGCUGUCGAAGAUGCCAUUGUAAUGUGGCAUGGCUACUGGAAGGGAAGUGUUACCUGUUGGACUGCAGAUUACGAGGAAACUGCCAGUUUAACAAAACAGACAGUUCCAACUCUAUCCUAAUAUUUAUUGAUAAACUUCUGCCUUGUGGGGAUUCGCAGAGUUCUAAUCACAGGAUUAUAAAAUAUAAUUUUCUUGCCAAGGCUAAACUUCUUCAUUUGACCAGAAUUAACAGAACUCCAGUUACAGGCCAAUUACUUGGAAAUUCUUUGGUCGCAAUGGAAAAUAACACAUUUACCAGGACCAGACGUGAGGCAUCUGCACCCUCUGAUAGUCUUGCAAAGCUUCCAAAAAUUGAAGAUUCUACUUCGCAACAAACACAAGCAACACAGCCCAUCGGAGAUGAUAAUAAGAAAUUACGUUCAUCUGAAAAUGUAGAUCAGCAAAGCACUCACUAUUCAAAAUCACAACAAAAUGCAGAAAAAGAUGAACAGUCUCAUAGAAAAAGCAUCAAGGAAAAUAAUAACACUGUGAAUGACCAAAAUACUGAAAGAUCUGCUCCCAUCUUAGAUGAGCAAAAUUUAACAACGAUGCAGGCUCUGCAGCCAAAGGUUGGUAAAGAAAACCCUUUCCCAAAUGCUUCCUCUUUGGUCAUUCCUAAUGAUUCCAAAUUGACCACUCCAUCAUCCAACCAAAUGAACGCAACGAAUGACAGCAUAAAUGGAACAUUGUCAGUAGUCACGGUUGCAUCCCCACUCCUGAACACCACUGCUGUAAUUCAGCCUACAACUCGUCCACCCAGUGUCACAGAUGCCACUGCAGUGAAGGAACUGAUUGUUUCUGCUGGGGACAGAGUGGAGAUAACUCUGCCAACGGAUAAGGUUGAUCUGAAUGCCUUUGUGUUGCCCCCUUCCCCAGAAGGCUAUAAAUAUGAUUGGCAACUAAUUAUUCACCCACAUGACUAUAUGGGAGAAAUGGAGGGUCAACAAUUGAGUACACUGAAACUCUCCAAACUUUCAGCUGGUUUCUACAUGUUCAAGGUAAUAGUUCAAGGAGACAAUGCAUACGGAGAAGGCUCAGUGAAUGUGACUGUUAAACCAGCACCUCGUGUAAAUCAGCCCCCAGUGGCUGUCGUGUCUCCAAAACUGCAAGAGAUCUCACUGCCAACAACGUCUACUUUUAUUGAUGGAAGCCAGAGCACAGAUGACGAUAAAAUCAUAAGCUACCAAUGGGAGGAGGUGAAGGGUCCAUUGCGAGAGGAGAAGGUGUCAGCAGAUACACAGAUACUGAAGCUGACUAACUUGGUCCCAGGAAAUUAUACAUUCAGCUUAACAGUUGUGGAUUCUGAUGAAGCCACCAACUCAGCAACAGCAUAUGUAAUGGUGCAUAAAGCAGUGGAUUAUCCGCCUAUAGCUAACGCUGGAGCAAAUCAAGUCCUUACGCUACCCAAGAAUUCCAUCAUGCUUUAUGGCAAUCAAAGCACAGAUGACCAUGGAAUUAUUGGCUAUGAGUGGUCCCUAAGUCCAAAAAGCAAGAGCAAGGUAGUUGAAAUGCAGGGUGUACGGACAUCAUCACUCCAACUAUCAGCAAUGCAGGAAGGGGACUACAUCUUUCAACUAACAGUUACCGAUUCAUUAGGCCACCAGGCUACCGCGGAGGUGAUGGUUAUAGUACAACCAGAAAAUAACAAAGCCCCAGUGGCAGACUCAGGACCUGAUAAAGAGUUGACACUCCCUGUGGACAGCACAACUUUGGAUGGCAGCAAAAGCACAGAUGACCAGAAGAUUAUAUCCUACCUUUGGGAAAAAGUGAGUGGCCCAGAUGGUGUGAAAAUUGAGAAUGCAGAAAGUGCCAUUGCCAUAGUAACAGGUCUCCAGGUUGGGACUUAUGUGAUUACACUGACGGUGAAAGAUGAAAGAAAUCUGGAGAGUCAUGAUUCUGUUCGCGUUAUUGUGAGGGAAGAAAUCAAUAAGGCUCCAGUUGCUAAGAUAACAAAGAAUGUUGUGAUUACACUUCCUAAUAACACAGCAAUGCUUGAUGGAUCAAAAUCAUCGGAUGAUAAUGGAAUCAUCAGCUACUUGUGGAUGCGGGAUGAGAGCAGCCCAGCAGCUGGAGAUGUGCUGAAUAACUCUGACCACCAGCCUGUGCUUUUCCUAUCCAAUUUGGUUGAAGGUCUUUAUACAUUUCGUUUGAAAGUAACUGAUGCGAAAAGAGAAAAUCAUGUGGACAGAGCAACAUUGGAAGUUAGACCAGAUCCCAGAAAGAAUGACCUUGUAGAAAUUAUCUUGGAUGUCAGUGUCAGCCAGUUAACUGAAAGGCAAAAGGGCAUGCUUAUCCGGCAAAUAGCUGUCCUACUGGGAGUCCUUGAUUCAGAUAUCACUGUGCAAAAGAUUCAGCCCUACACUGAACAGAGCACGCAGAUUAUUUUCUGUGUAAGGAAUACACAAAUACAUCAGGUAUUGAAGGGACAGGAUGUUGCUCGCAUAUUGAAGAAUAAAUUUCGGAAACAGAAAUCGGACUUCCUAGUUUUUCGUGCUCUCCAAGUAGCUACAGUCAUUUGUCAGUUGAAUUGCUCAGACCAUGGUCGGUGUGAUUCUUUCAAUAAGCGCUGCAUAUGUGACCCAUUCUGGAUGGAGAACUUCAUUCGAGUUCAUCUGGGAGAUGGAGAAAGUAAUUGUGAAUGGAGUGUGCUCUAUGUUGUCAUAGCUGCAUUCGUCAUACUUGUCUCCAUUGGCAUUUUAGUGUGGAUGGUCCACUGCUUCUGUAAAAGACGUAAAGGAAAGCCUAGAAGAAAAAGCAGAUAUAAAAUAUUAGAUGCAACAGAUGAUCAUGAAAGUAUGGAAUUUAAGACUACUUCAAAGCCAGUUGGCAGGCAGAAAGCUCCAGCACAGAACACCAGCUUAAUGGUUUCGGAAUCUGAACUUGACAGUGAUGAAGCCAUCUUCACCUGGCCAGACAGAGAGAAAGGGAAAUUACUGCCAAAUCAGAAUGGAUCAAUCCAUAAUGGACAAAUAGUUCAUAAAACUAAGAAACAAAGAGAAGAAGUCCUAUAACUGGAAUCGACUUGUCCGACCUGUAAAAACUAUAGAUCUAGGGUAGAACCUGUCUCCCAGUAUUACACUGUUUCUGCUCAGUAAAAUGAAGAUUGAUCUGAAGCAAUAGUGACUGCUACAUGGAGAAGUUGUGUGCAAUCCCUGUGAAAUGUGUCGGUUCAAUCGCCCAAUUCUUAAACUGCUCUGCAUAAGUUUACCAGAACUGGUUUCUCAUUUGAAGUCCAGAGAAAAGACACAGGCGAGAUGCAAACUGGUCAUAAAAAAUGUAUAUGAUUGCAACCGUAGCAUUUCAUUAAUUUCUGAAGCUGAAACUUAUGGGUACAGUCUCGCUGCCCUCUUGUGGUUUUGAGGUCUUGUGUUUCCAGUGGGACACCUGCUGGAAAUCAAUUGUAUUGCAGCAUGAAGGAAAUCUCAAAGAACCAAAAAAUGUGGUGAAGAACACACUGGAUGUCCUGUGAACUUUAAUUAUCACCUGUGAUUUGCAAAUGACCGUUUUCUUCAGGUCAAUGACUUUAUUAAUAACUGAAAUCUCUGGAAAGCUAAAUACUGUGAUAUUAAACACUAUCCUUUAAUACUGGAUAAAAUGCAAUGAACUUACACCUUUGAAGAAUUAUCAGGCGAGCACACAGGGGAUUUGCUGUUUUCACCUGUUGUUUAGUUUGAGUUAACUCCUGUAUAGAACAUUGCACAACUGGUAAUGACCUCAGUCAUUUUAGCUUUAUAAAACUGAUUCUCACUGCUUUGUUUCUUGUCAAUGUUGGGAAUGUGUUUUUUAAAUUUUUGUUAGUGUGAAAAUUAACAGGGUGGUUUUUAAUUUAUACUUUGAUGGGAAGGAACUGCAUUGUAUUGUUAUUCCCUUUGAAUGUAGGUCAAUAUUUGCUGCUGGGUUGUUUUAUUUUAAUAAAACUGAAGUCUUCCUUUUAAUACACUGGCACCAGACCACAUCUCAUCACUGGUGAACGAUCCAAUUGGUGGUAACUUGACAUAAUUUAAUUAGCAAGUGAUAAUCUUCCCCAGAAUAAUGCCAUUAAUUGGGGUAAGAUUUUAACCGUUUUGGAAAUAUACCAUUUGUAUGCCAACAAGCAAAUUGCUGUGGUGACAAUAAUGAAAAAAAUGUUGCAAAUUAAUUGUGCGCCUUAAAUUGAAAUGGCAAAAAUGAGACCAAUGUGAUACCAGAAUCUGUUCUGCAUAAUGCAGAACCGCUCUGUUAGAUGAUGACUUUAAGUCGCAAAGGUUUGUGUUAUAAUUAAUAGGUUGCUAAGACUUGAACAAUUGUGAACUAAAAUACUGCAGAUGGUAGAAAUCUGGUUAGAAAUACAUAUUCUGCAAUACUAAGCAAGUCAUGCCGCAUUAGAUAAUGUUUCAGGUUGCUGACCUUUCUUCUAAAGGCCUGAUGAAAUCUCAUUAAACUGAAACCUUAAUUCUGUUUUUCUCUCCAUUGAUACUGUCUGACUUGUUGAGUGCUUCCAGCAUAUUCAGUUUUAACUUCACGACUCAAAUGUUGAAAUUGUUGUCCUAUUGUUCGGCAUCAUUGCUCUGCUGUCAGUUAAAAUUAGACUAAAAAAAUUACAUAACAAUGAUGUAAAUUGGGUCAUUUAAUUAUAAUGAUAAGAUUGACAUGCUUUACAGAAAGGUCAUUCAAACCAAAUUUGGAGUGAUGUGAAUGGAAAUUAGCCAAAUUUGGUACGCUUACAGAUUGAUUCUUGUGCUCUGAGUGUCUUUACUUUUAAAACAUGGAAGGAUUCGCUGCUCAUUAAGUGAGUAAAUGAAUGUGGUUUGUGGUACAAAGCCGAUCAUCUGAGAAGAUUCCGAGUUGGUGUUGUGUGCUGGACCACAUCAUCUUGUCAGCUGUCCUCGAGUUGAGAAGAGGAAAAGGAUUCAGAAAGUCUUGAAUUUUGAGCACAUGUGUGGAUGCGUUUGUGUUUAGUGGUGAUGCUUUGCAUAUCAUGCCAAAAUACUGAUGAUAUCAAGUCAAGGCAAAAAAAUGUAAUAGAAAACACAUAAUAGAGAACACACUGCAAAGCAUUACAUAUUCAGAAGCACUAGAAAGAGAGAAUUUCAACAUUCUUGUAGGCAAAGGUUUGUCACAUGUCAAUGUCAGAAGAUUGAAUCAGGCCCAGGAGAUAACGUGCAAGAAGGAACUAUCGUGUUUCCAUCAGCAUCAUGAUAUGCAAUCAUAUUUAUUCAAGAGAAUAUUUGAUUAGGUUGGGAUUUUUUUACCAUCCCUAGACAGCACAUAUGGCUUCAAUUUAACAAGUGGUCUGAAAGUUGCAAAUCCUCAAAAGUUGCAUUUUCUAGAUUGAGCUGAGUUUAGCAGUACAAAUAUCCAGUGAUGCCAUUUUUGAUCACCUAACGGAAGAAAGAAAUUUCUAAACUUGGCCCGUAUAAUGUAUAUGAUUUACCAGCUAGGUUGAUGAAGGUUUAGUGCAGAAAUUCACAAUUACUUUUAUUGAUACUCUGUCAAAUUACUGGAUGCAGCUUUUCUCCAUUCCAAAGUUAGAUACAAAAUGUUGGAGUACAGCGGGACAGGCAGCAUCUCUGGAGUGAAGGAAAAGGUGACGUUUCGGAUUCAGACCCUUCUUAGGGUCUCAACCCGAAACGUCACCUAUUCCUUUUUCCAGAGAUGCUGCCUGUCCUGUUGAGUUAUUCCAGCAUUUUGUGUCUCAUCUUCAGUGUAACCCAGCAUCUGCAUUUCUUUCAUACACUUUUUUCCAUUCUGUUCCUUUUUGGGAUGUAUGACAAUAAAACACUCUUGACUCCAUGCAGAAUUGAUAGAGAAUAAACAAGUGUUUGUAUUCAUUAGCAGUUUGACAUUGUAUCAGCUCAUCGUUGCCAGAAACACACUUUAAGUCAUUCAGGCCACAGAAUAACAAUAAUAUUAAAUCCAUUUAUUUAAAAUUAAUCUACCAUUUUAGCAGCUACAGGGUAUAAUGACCAGAUUGAUUUGUUGAUAGCAUUGGUAUCAUUUCAGAGUAAGCUACCAGCAAUUACUCAUUAUGAUAUUUUAUAAAUAUCCAUAUUUAAAUCUGAUUUGUAACUAAGCUUUUAAUAAAUAUAACACUAGUGAGGAUUAAUGCGAUCACAAAGUGCUCGUAAGUUGCUUUUGAACUUGCAAAUUUGUUUAUAAUAUUUAUACCAAGAGGCUAAUUAUUCAUGUCAUAAGCUAGCUAACGGCUAAAUGACGUUAAAGAUGUAAAGAUUGAGUAAACAUAUACAGUUGUAGGAAAAGACCGUUGUAUCGUUCACCCUUGCUUGUAAAGCAUACACUGUAUUGGAAAGUUGCACUAUGCACUAUGCACCAGCAUUUGUGUCUGUGAAAAUGCUUGAAUGGUUCAGUGUUUAUUUUUGUGAAGCAUGACCUGUGCUCUGACAAGUAACUGGAUGGUCUCUGAGAAUAAGCUGAUCAGUUGAAAUAAUUUUUUUUUAAACAAAAGUAGCAAACUGACAAACAUUUAAUUUUUUUUAUCAAUGUUUAAAUUUGAUUUUACAAGAGAAAAUAACUAAUAAUUUGAUUUAUACGGGUUAGUUUCUUGUUUGCUACAUUGUUUUGAUAUUGAAUUAUCCAGGAGGUUGAUUGAUUGUGAAAAAUGACAGCAGAAUGAGGUUGUAUUUUUUGCAAAAUGGGCAAUGCAUCAGCGUUUGAUUUCACAUCCCCAAAGUAAUUUAAAAUAGAAUUCUUCAUUCAGAUUAUUUCCUCGGUUGUAUUGGGCCCAACUGGAUAUGACAAAAUGGUAUAUUUUCCCAUGUACUUUUUUUUCAUCCCUGAUGAGUUAUUUUAGUCAACUUCCUUUGUGGAGAUAUGAGCCUAUCCUGGAUAGUUGUGAUAUAUCCUUCAUGGAAAUUUACCUUCAUCAGUUUUUUUUAAUUGUUGGUUGAACUCGCUUUUAUUCCUAAAAUAUAAAGGUGUGUUCAUACUAAAUUGUAUCUAGGUAACAGUACUCCAUUACCAAUUGAAUUUUGAUAGACCAUUCAAAACCAAUCCAUGCAUAGCAUUUAUAUAGACAACAUUUGCGUUUUAUUUGUUUAAACUCAUUGAAAGGCCCACGUUGAUUUGUUAAUAUUUUUGGAAAGUUUAUGUUGUUGGUUGUUGUUGAGCCAUCAAUUUUAAAUUACCUCUUAUCUGGAAUAAAUGCAUCAAAAAUUUAGCUAGAAUAUCUGAAUUUAAUUGAAAUUACAUGCAUUUAUAGACAGGACUACAUUCAUUAUUUCUUGGGUUCUUGCAAUUUAUUGAAAGAAUGCAUUGUAAUACAAAUUAUUUCUAUGGAAUAUUCUUUAGAUAUCCAAAUAAAUUUCUACUCCAUUGGUUUUCUGGGUGUUUAUUAUUACAUCAUGCAUGCAAAAAGCUUAAAGUUAUUUGUCAAUGUUUGUGGUUUUAUUAUUAUUUCUUCAAUUUUUAAAGUUAAAUUAAGAAUUGCUAUUUAAUAUUUGUUUUAAUUCAUUGCACCUCAAGAAACAAUAAAAUAAAGAAAACCAGUACGAUGUCCUGUAAGAUCAAAAUUAUAUGUCGAAAAUUUAGUGUUGAAUUUGGCUUUCAUUUGUAAUAUGAAUUUCUUCCACCAUCGGGGAGCUGUGUUCAAUCUGCCUCAGAAUUGUUCUGGAUGGCUUCUUUGACGUCAACUUCUGGCUACUGUGCUCAGUCAAAAACAACCAAUUUACAAAUUGCAAAUGUAAAAUGUUUCAAAUGUAUUGAUUGCAUUUUUAAAUUAUGUCUGUGUACUGUGAUCUGGAUAAAAUCUAGUAUGAAUUGCUUUGAAUAGCCCUCCUGUCAAUAAAUGAAGCAUUUCAAUUUUCA